AUGGACCAGCCAGGUCCAUCCAGCACCAACCAAGAUCCACGAUUCGAUUUCAUUGGUUCGUACGCUGUGAAAUCCUUAAAAUUGAAACCAGAAAAAUGGAUGCGAGUCUUAAGUAUAGAAGAGCAUCGGUCCACUCUAAGAGAUUUCGUGGACAAACCUUUGCCUCUGCUUCUUGUAGUAGUUUUGACACACGCAGCACAAUUGGUACCAGUCAUCACGUUCCCUUGUUACUUGAAAAAUAAAGCUGUCUAUUUCGUUAAAAAGAGGCCGGCAGUUGUACCAAAGGAGAGAUGUUAUGAAAUGGUAAUUUUUGGCGAUCUAGCACCAAGACUAAUAGAUGAACUAGCUGCCUUAGUCGAUGAAGUGUUUGUCCCACUGCUUUCAAAUCCCUCGAACCACGAAGGGUGGCCGCGCGUCGUCUCUCAAGAUAUUUUGAAGCAGAUACACAAUUUGAAAAGCACUGUUUAUGAGGUAAAAGGUAAAGUUAGUGGACAAACAGUGCUACCUAUGCCAGUAGGUGUCGAACUUGUUCACGAAGCGGAAAAAGAAAUGUUAAUGGGUAAAGAAGUUGAUUUGUACUUAAAAAGCGCUAUAGAAGGGGUGGUGAUAAAGUGGGCACAGCAGAUUAAUGACGUCAUGAUGGAGGAUUCCGCGCAAGCGUUCGAUAAUGGACAAAAUCCACAACCUAAUGUUGCGUUAGCGGAGGCUCGAGAAAUUGAUAUGUACUUAAGAACACUAGAAAAGCACUUUCAAGCGUUAGAAGAUACGGAUUUCACGGAAUGUCAACCAUUGUUUCGACCACUCUUUCAUGUUAUAUGUAUGGUGUGGCGUGAUUCUAAAUAUUAUUGCAGUUCGUCCAAAUUGAUGGUUUUGAUUAAGCAGAUUUGCAACUUACUCAUUUUCCAGGCCAAAAAGUGCUUGGACCCCAGCACACUUUUUCACAGCGACAUCGAUGAGGCAAGGCAAAGGAUACAAAUAACAAUUGACAUAUUAAAAGCGUUUCGAAAAACAUUUGAUUACUUUAAAGAAAAUUUGCCUAAAUACUUCGAAAAUAGAGUUUUACUGCUGUGGACGUUUCAUCCUAACGUCGUGUUUGAAAGGAUGAACAAAUUCUUAGAAAGACUGAACACAAUCCAAUGGUUUUUCAAGACGGUGUUAGAGUUUCAAAAGUUGGAAAAGAUUGAAAUCGGAGGAAUGAAAGGUCGUGUGUUAGGCGGACAAAUAAGAGAAAUUUCUGCAGAAUUUGAGUCGUAUUUUCACAGCUUCGCAUCUAAAUCCUAUGACGUCCUCGAUCCCGAUGACGAAAGGUUCAACGAAGAUUUUAAGGAGUUUCAAGACAAUAUUGUCGAUUUAGAUCUAAAAUUAUCAACAGUUCUAGUCGAGUCGUUUGAUAAUUGUACCACAUUAGAAGCCAUAUUUAAAUUGAUUGAUAUAGUAGGUUCUGUUCUUGAUAGACCACUUAUCAAAAAUGAAUUUACUGCGAAAUAUGUGGAGAUCAUCGUAAUGCUAGGAAAGGAACUCAGUAUUUGUGAGGAUCUAUUCACAGAACAAAGCAACCGUCUGAAGAAGUAUGGACAUAUGGAAAUAGAUGCUUUCUUUCCGCCGAUUUCUGGAGGACUUCUGUAUAUGACCAUGCUAGCUACAAGGAUAUCCAAGCCUAUAGCUAGCUUUCGCAAUUUGCCGCACCCGAUAAAAGGCUGCAGUGACGCUGUUAAACUUUUUGAGAGAUAUGAGAAACUGAUAGAAGAAAUAAACGCUUUUAAAAGGAAGUAUUUUAACGACUGGUCUGUGACUAUUCCAAAGGUUUUGGAAGAAAAAUCAAACAAUCCAAUCAUAACAAGACAAGGACCGGAUCUCAUUCUAAAUUUUAGUUCAGAACUGUUAGACGUUAUGAAAGAAGUACACCACCUCAGAUCGAAUCCUGAAAUGGCGAAGGAUUUGCCGAAGGAAAGUCUAGAUCUAUUUGAAAAACAAGAAACAUAUCGUCAAUAUAGAAUCAACUUGGGUAUAACUAUCGACUGGUAUAAUCAAAUACAUAAAAAUAGUCAAAAAGUUGAAUUUGACUUAGUUGAGGACGAGAUAAAAGCGAUAGACCAAAGAAUUGAAAUGGCACAACACCAACUCAACUGGAAUUCGGGUGACUUAUGGGCCUAUCUACAAGAACUGCACAAAUUAGUUGGGAGUCUCUAUGAUCGCAUGUCAAAAAUACAAGAUAACCUUAAAGAAAUUAAAGCCAUUAUGAAAACCUGGACUUUACAACCGUUAUUUGAACGAAAAGAAGGCAAGAAGGAUACUUUAAUGAACUUAGAAGAUCGCAAAGAACGCACGACUAAAAGAUACCAAGAUAUUAAAAUGACAGCAGAACGAAUCCAAACACUCUUGAACGAAAAUAUGCAGUUGUUUAGUAUGCAAGAGAAUCAAGAAAGUGAAAUAUGGCUAGCAUACGUUGCUUUCAUUGACAAUCUAAUCGAAGAAUCCUUAUUUAAAUCUAUUGCGUGCAGUAUGGGUUACAUAUCGGAACAUAUGAACCCUAAAAAUAAAUUAGCCCCAUUAUUUGAAGCACAGUUAGAACUCUUGGAUCCCGACAUGGUAUUCUCGCCAAGUUUAGAAUCAAACAACGAAAAGGGUUUUACGGCUUUAAUUAAUCAUCUUAUAGACGACAUUUUAAGAAUGUCUACGUUAAUAGAUAGAGUUGAUAAAAUGAAGUCGGAAACAUAUUACGAGCAAAUUGUUCAAAACAGUGAUAUAAUAGAAAUGAAGGAAGAAAUUUUUGAUGGCAUUGAAAGGGUUAUAGAAGAAGCGAAUGAAUUUUGUAAAACAUUUGAGAACUAUUCCUACCUAUGGUUAGAAGAAAGAGAUGCUAUAAUGGAGAUUUUCCUGGAAUAUGGGAGAAUAUUGACUCCAGACGAAAUCGAUAAGAUAGGCUCUGAAGACAAAGACGUACAACCACCAGUACCAUGCCCUCCUAAGAUGGAAGCCUUCCGAGAACAAAUAGAUCACUAUGAAAAUCUUUAUAUGGAUAUUGAGGAUAUGGAAUCCUACAAAGUAUUCAACUCUUGGUUUCAGGUGGAUGUUAGACCAUUUAGACAAGCUUUAUUGAAUACCGUCCGCAAAUGGGGUAAUAUGUAUAAAGAACAUUUAGUCGAAAAUGUUACAUCAAGUUUAAGUGAUUUGGGCAACUUUAUUCGUGAAGCAGAUGAAGGUUUACUUCAACCGGUACCUGAAGGAGAUUAUGAAGCUUUAGUAACCGUGAUGGGUUACCUAAUGAAUGUAAAAGAACGAGCAGUAACAACCGAUGACAUGUUUCAACCACUUACUGAAACUAUUGAGCUACUAAAGUUCUACGACAUGGACAUUCCUGAAGAAGUCAACGUUUUACUUCAAGAACUACCAGAACAAUGGCAAGCCACUAAAAAGUUGGCGUUGACAGUGAAACAGCAAGUUGCUCCAUUACAGGCAGCUGAAGUUUCUUGCAUCAGAAAAAAGAUAACAACAUUUGACUCCCACGUAAUUUACUACCGCGAGGUUUUCAAGAAAUAUGAAUUUUUCAAAUAUGAAUGUGAUGAUCCGUACGCUGUUAUGUCGAGAGUGGAUAAAGAAAUGUUGAAUUUGGAAGACGAAAUGAAAAGCAUUCAAGACUCAGGGUCGCUGUUCGAAGUGAACGUGCCAGAAUUUAAGCUACUGAAACAAUGUAGAAAAGAGCUACGAAUGCUGAAGCAACUUUGGGACUACGUCUAUAUAGUCCGAACAAGUAUUGAGGACUGGAAGACAACGCCUUGGCGAAAAAUUGACGUAGAAAAUAUGGAUAUUGAGUGUAAGAAAUUCGCUAAGGAAAUUCGACUGCUCGAUAAGGAAAUGAGAAGUUGGGAUACAUACAUAAACCUCGAAGCUACCGUAAAAAAUAUGCUUACAUCUUUGAGAGCAGUUGGGGAACUACAGAAUCCUGCUAUAAGGGAAAGACAUUGGGAUCAAUUGAUGAAAACGACAAAGGUAAGAAUAGUUAUGGAUACAAACACAACAUUAGCAGAUUUACUUGCGUUAAAUCUACACGAAUUCGAAGAGGAAGUUAAAAAUAUCGUCGAUAAGGCUGUCAAAGAGAUGUCAAUGGAGAAGAUACUUAAAGACUUGAACACGACUUGGAGUCAGAUGGAGUUUGAACAAGAGGUUCAUGCGAGAACUGGUUGUAUCUUAUUGAGGGCUAGUGAAGAGCUUAUUGAAACACUGGAAGAGAACCAGGUGCAGUUACAAAACUUGAUAACAUCAAAGUUUAUAGCGCAUUUCUUAGAAGAAGUCUCGAGUUGGCAGCAAAAACUGUCAAUAGCGGACCAGGUCAUAACAGUUUGGUUUGAGGUUCAAAGGACAUGGACGCAUUUGGAGAGCAUUUUCAUGAGCUCCGAAGAUAUACGAAAGCAACUGCCCGAAGAUUCAGAGAGAUUUGAUAGGAUCGACGCUGAGUUCAAAGUUUUAUCAAAAGACAUGUCUAAAACUCCAAAUGUAGUAAAGGGAACCAAUAAAGAAGGACUAGUAGCGAUUUUGGACAGUCUACAAACUGACCUGAUUAUAUGUGAAAAGGCUUUGGCCGAAUAUCUGGAGACGAAACGACUUGCGUUUCCUAGAUUUUACUUUGUGUCGUCAGCGGAUUUAUUGGAUAUAUUAUCUAAUGGAAAUCAAGCUGAACUGGUAAUAAGGCACUUGACGAAGUUAUUCGAUUCUAUAGCAAAACUCAAGUUUGGAGACAACGAUAAACCUGAAGAAAAAAUCGCAGCUGGAAUGAUAGCGAAGGAUGGCGAAUAUGUCCCCUUUCAUGGAUCGUGUGACUGUAGUGGUCCAGUCGAAAUAUGGUUGAACCGUUUACAAGACAUAAUGCGAUCAACAAUACGCCAGUAUUUCAGUGAAGCGAUCGUAUCGUAUGAAGAAAAACCAAGAGAACAGUGGUUAUUCGAUUACAUGGCGCAGGUAUCUCUAUGCUGCUCACAAAUCUGGUGGACCACAGAAGUGAAUUUGGCCUUCGCAAGACUAGAAGAAGGUUAUGACAACGCGCUCAAAGACUAUUACAAGAAACAGCUCUCGCAAUUAAGUACAUUAAUCACUUUAUUGAUAGGUGAGCUAAGUAAACAGGAUCGUCAGAAAAUCAUGACGAUUUGCACAAUAGAUGUGCAUUCUAGAGACGUUGUUAGUAAAUUGAUACAAGGUAAAGUGGAAGCUGGAUCGGCGUUUCAGUGGCAAUCGCAGCUGAGACACAGAUGGGACGACAAGGAAUUGCACUGCUUCGCCAACAUCUGUGACGCACAAUUCAAGUACAGUUACGAGUACUUAGGAAAUACUCCCAGAUUAGUUAUUACUCCUCUCACUGACCGUUGCUAUAUUACGUUGACUCAAUCCUUGCAUCUUAUAAUGGGAGGCGGUCCAGCUGGUCCGGCAGGUACUGGAAAAACGGAAACAACUAAAGAUUUGGGAAGGGCGCUGGGUAUAAUGGUAUAUGUAUUUAACUGUUCUGAACAAAUGGAUUACCAAUCUUGUGGCAAUAUUUAUAAAGGACUUGCUCAGACAGGAGCUUGGGGUUGUUUUGAUGAGUUCAAUAGAAUCUCGGUUGAAGUAUUAUCUGUUGUCGCUGUGCAAGUGAAAUCAGUACAAGAUGCUAUAAGAGACAAGAAAGAAAAAUUUAACUUCAUGGGAGAAAUGAUAGUGUUAGUUCCAUCCGUUGGCAUAUUUAUAACAAUGAACCCAGGCUACGCUGGAAGAACGGAGUUACCCGAAAACUUGAAAGCUCUUUUCCGACCUUGCGCAAUGGUCGUUCCUGACUUUGAAUUGAUUUGCGAGAUAAUGUUAGUUGCGGAAGGCUUUCAGGAGGCUAAAAUAUUGGCUAGGAAGUUUAUUACACUUUAUACUCUGUGCAAGGAGUUGCUGUCAAAGCAAGAUCAUUACGACUGGGGUUUGAGAGCCAUUAAAUCCGUCUUAGUAGUAGCUGGUUCAUUAAAGAGAGGCGAUCCAGGCAGACCAGAAGAAGAAGUGUUAAUGAGGACACUGCGAGAUUUCAACAUCCCAAAGAUAGUCACAGAUGAUAUGCCAGUUUUUAUGGGUCUCAUUGGUGAUCUGUUCCCUGCGCUAGAAGUUCCAAGAAAAAGGGACUUAGAAUUUGAAAGAACAGUUAAACAGGCCGCAAUGGACUUACUCCUACAACCUGAAGAUAAUUUUAUACUUAAAGUAGUUCAACUGGAAGAACUGCUCGAAGUUCGUCAUUCAGUAUUCAUAGUUGGCAAUGCGGGCACUGGUAAAACUCAAGUGUGGAAAACAUUGUUUAAAACAUACCAAAACCUCAAAAAGAAACCGAUUUACACCGAUUUGAAUCCAAAAGCCGUAACGAACGAUGAACUUUUUGGUAUUAUAAAUCCGGCAACAAGGGAAUGGAAAGAUGGAUUAUUUUCAGUCAUAAUGAGAGACCAGGCUAAUAUUGUAGGUGAAAAUCCAAAAUGGAUUGUGUUAGAUGGCGAUAUCGAUCCCAUGUGGAUAGAAUCGUUAAAUACUGUUAUGGACGAUAAUAAAAUUCUUACUUUAGCUAGUAAUGAGAGAAUUGCUUUAACACCUAGCAUGCGGUUAAUGUUUGAAAUAUCAAAUCUCAGAACAGCAACGCCUGCCACUGUGUCUCGAGCUGGGAUAUUGUAUAUUAAUCCGCAAGAUUUAGGAUGGAAUCCUUAUGUGACUAGUUGGAUUGAAACGCGAAAAAUACCAGCAGAGAAAUCGAAUCUAGUCAUUCUUUGCGACAAAUAUAUUCCUCCGUGUUUGGAAACAGUAAGGAAUCGCUUCAAGAAGAUAACACCGAUUGCUGACAUGGCCCAUAUACAAAUGCUAUGUCAUUUGUUGAAUUGCUUACUGGUACCAGAAAACACUCCACCCGACUGUUCAAAGGAUUGGCAUGAUAUUUUCUUUGUGUUUGCCUGUGUUUGGGCAUUUGGAUCUGCUAUGUUUCAAGACACUAAUGUAGACUACAGAGUUGAGUUUUCCAAGUGGUGGUUGAAUGAAUUUAAGACAGUGAAAUUUCCACCUGGUGGGACCGUCUUCGAUUAUUACAUAGAUCACGAAACUAAGCAAUUUACUCCGUGGACAGAAAAAAUAACCAAGUUUGAGUUGGACACCGAUAUUCCUUUACAGGCUGUACUCGUUCCUACCGCAGAUACCAUAAGAGUUCGAUUCUUCUUAGACUUGUUGAUGAAGAAUAAGCACCCGGUGAUGUUAGUUGGAGGAGCUGGAUGUGGAAAGACGGUUCUUGUUAAUGAAAAAUUACAGAGUCUUCCAGAAAACUACGCGAUCCAGUCAAUUCCAUUCAACUUCUACACCACAUCGGAAAUGCUACAGAAGAUUUUGGAAAAGCCACUAGAAAAGAAAGCUGGCCGAAACUACGGACCUCCCGGAAAUAAAACCCUAAUUUACUUCAUCGACGAUAUGAAUAUGCCAGAAGUGGAUGCAUAUGGAACAGUCCAACCACAUACCAUCAUACGUCAGCACCUAGACUAUAACCAUUGGUACGAUCGGACCAAAUUGACCCUCAAAGACAUUCAUAACACGCAAUAUGUGUCUUGCAUGAAUCCCACUUCUGGUAGUUUUACGAUUAACCCAAGGUUGCAGAGGCAUUUCUGCGUGUUUGCUAUUAGUUUUCCAAACACUGAAGCUUUGAAUAACAUCUAUCAUUCGAUUCUGAGUCAGCACUUGGCUAACCCCGAGUUGAGGAUUAGUGCCCAAAUUGGUAAACUCUCGGCAAACGUUGUGAGCGCUACAAUCGCGUUACACAAUAAAGUGUCACAAGUCUUCCUACCAACGGCCAUCAAAUUUCAUUAUAUUUUCAAUUUGAGGGAUUUGUCGAAUGUGUUUCAGGGCUUCUUGUUCAGUACGAAUGAGUGCUUGGUGAACCCUUCAGAUAUAAUAAGGUUGUGGUUGCAUGAAACGCAUAGAGUUUACGGUGACAAACUAACCGAAGAUAAAGAUAUUGACGCUUUUUUGAAAAUGCAAGUGGACUUGUGUAAGAAGAAUUUCGAAGACAUAGACGAAGGUGUAGUAUUCGAGCGUCCCAACAUAUACUGCCACUUCGCGGGAGGUAUUGGCGAACCGAAAUACAUGCCUAUUGCAUCCUGGACUCAACUAAACAAGUUGCUUACAGAAGCACUAUCAAGUUACAACGAUCUUAUUGCGGCGAUGAAUCUGGUGUUAUUUGAAGAUGCAAUGAUGCAUAUUUGUCGAAUAAGUCGCAUACUAGAGAGUCCCAGAGGAAGUGCAUUAUUAGUGGGUGUGGGUGGUUCCGGAAAACAAUCUCUGUCUCGUCUAGCGGCGUUUAUCGCCAGUUUAGAAGUUUUCCAAAUUCAAUUGAAGAAAGGAUAUGGAGUAUCUGAUUUGAAGCAUGAAUUGUCCGGCCUAUAUAUAAAGACGGGUCUGAAAAACGUAGGCAUAAUGUUUCUAAUGACUGACGCACAAGUGGCAAAUGAACAGUUCCUGGUUCUUAUCAACGACCUGCUGGCUUCUGGGGAAGUUGGAGAUCUAUUUCCCGAUGACGAUAUAGAGAAUAUAAUAGCUGGAGUUAGGAAUGAGGUGAAAGGAGCAGGUUUGCCAGAUACCAGAGAAAUCUGCUGGAAAUUUUUCAUCGAUAGAGUGAGAAAGCAAUUAAAAGUGGUCCUGUGUUUCUCCCCUGUCGGAUCCACGUUACGAGUUAGAUCAAGAAAGUUCCCAGCCCUGAUCAAUUGCACCUCCAUCAAUUGGUUCCAUGAAUGGCCGCAAGAGGCGCUAGUAUCUGUGUCUAUGCGCUUUUUGGAAGAGUUACAUGUUUUGCCUAUAGCGUUACGUGAUUCCGUGUCAAGAUUCAUGGCGUACGUCCACACAUCAGUGAACACGAUUUCCAAAGCGUAUCUUUCUAAUGAGAGGAGAUACAACUACACUACACCUAAGAGUUACCUCGAACAAAUAAGUUUAUAUUCUAAAUUAGUUAAUCAAAAAACUGAUGAAUUGAGAGCCAAAAUAACUAGAUUAGAAAAUGGUUUAGAAAAACUACGCGGCACAGCAUCUCAAGUAGAUGAAUUGAAAGCUAAGCUAGCUAUACAAGAAGUGGAACUCCAACAGAAAAAUGAAGCAGCUGAUAAACUUAUUGAGAUGGUUGGCGUUGAAACUGCUAAAGUGCAGAGCGAAAAAGCGUUAGCUGAUGAGGAAGAAGAAAAGGUAGCUGUUAUCGCAGAAGAAGUAUCCAAAAAGCAAAAGGAUUGCGAAGAAGAUCUAAUUAAAGCCGAACCGGCACUCGUUGCCGCACAGGAAGCUUUGAAUACUUUAAACAAGGCAAAUCUAACUGAGCUUAAGUCAUUUGGGUCGCCACCAGGAGCUGUAACUAAUGUCACCGCAGCCGUUAUGGUGCUACUAGCACCUGGGGGGAAAAUACCCAAGGACAGAAGUUGGAAGUCAGCUAAGAUGAUAAUGGCUAAGGUCGACGUAUUUCUGGAAGCUUUGAUACAUUACGACAAAGAAAAUAUUCAUCCAGAUGUUAUAAAGGCUAUUCAACCAUAUCUGAAGGAUUCUGAAUUUGAGCCGGAGUUCGUAAGAUCCAAAUCUGCCGCAGCUGCAGGUUUAUGUGCUUGGGUAAUAAACAUAAUAAAAUUUUAUGAAGUGUUUUGCGAUGUAGAACCUAAAAGAAAAGCUUUGGCAGCUGCAAAUGCCGAAUUAGCAGCAGCUACAGAAAAACUGAAGUCCAUAAAAUCUAAAGUUGCUUCGCUUGAAGAACAAUUGGCUACGUUAACAGCUGAUUUUGAGAAAGCUACAGCUGAAAAAGUAAAAUGUCAGCAAGAAGCUGAUGCAACAAAUCGAACUAUACAAUUGGCUAAUAGACUUGUUAAUGGGCUAGCUAGUGAAAACGUCAGAUGGGCUGAAGCAGUAUUCAACUUUAUGCAACAGAGUACUACCUUGCCUGGGGACGUGCUUUUAGUUUGUGCGUUCAUUUCAUACGUUGGGUGCUUUACUAAGCUUUACAGACUCGAUUUGCUUCAUAAAAACUGGCUGCCAUUUUUGAAAACAUUAGAGCCUCCGAUUCCUAUAACAGAAGGACUCGAUCCUCUAACUAUGCUGACGGACGAUACGACUAUUGCGAUGUGGCAAAAUGAGGGCCUCCCUUCCGACAGAAUGAGCACUGAGAAUGCUACCAUACUAUCUAACUCAGAUCGAUGGCCAUUGAUGAUCGAUCCGCAGUUACAAGGAGUUAAAUGGAUAAAACAGAAAUAUGGUGACCACUUAAGAGUUAUUCGUUUGGGGCAGAAGGGUUACUUAGAUACAAUAGAAAAGGCUAUCAACAAAGGCGAAACUGUUUUAUUAGAAAACAUUGGAGAAACUGUCGAUCCAGUGUUGGAUCCACUUUUGGGAAGGAACUUAAUCAAGAAAGGAAGAGCUAUCAAGAUCGGAGACAAAGAAGUAGAAUAUAGCCCAAAAUUCAGACUAAUCCUGCAUACGAAAUUAGCCAAUCCCCACUAUAAACCAGAAAUGCAAGCACAAACGACUUUAGUAAAUUUUACUGUAACAAGAGAUGGUUUAGAAGAUCAACUUUUGGCUGAGGUUGUAAAAGCAGAACGCCCAGACUUAGAGGAGCUUAAAGCUGAGCUAACAAAACAACAGAAUGAGUUUAAAAUACAGCUCAAGAAAUUAGAGGAUGACUUACUUUCAAGGUUGUCUUCAGCCGGAGAGAAUAUACUUGGCGAUACUGCUCUAAUUGAGAAUUUAGAAACGACAAAGAAAACUGCAGCCGACAUAGAGAAAAAGGUGUCAGAAGCUAAAGUGACAUCUCAUCAAAUAGAUCAAGCAAGAGAGUUUUAUAGACCUGCGGCGGCGAGAGCUUCUCUUUUAUACUUCAUCUUAAAUGACUUAAACACCAUAAAUCCUAUAUAUCAGUUUUCUUUAAAGGCAUUCAGUGUUGUUUUUCAAAAAGCAAUAUCCAAAGCAGAAGAAAGCGAAGAAGUCAGUCAAAGAAUUAAAAACCUGAUAGAUUGUAUAUCUUACUCCGUCUUUCAAUAUACUUCGCGUGGACUUUUUGAGUGCGACAAGUUAAUCUUUGCGUCUCAAAUGACAUUUCAGGUUUUGUUGAUGAGUGAAGAAAUUUCGCCAGCAGAUUUAGAUUUCUUCCUGAGAUUCCCUAUCAAACCGCACGUCACAAGCCCCGUAGAUUUCCUUUCUAAUCAAAGUUGGGGCGGUAUUUGUUCACUAGCCAGUAAAGAUGAGUUUCGUAAUCUUGAUAGAGACAUUGAGACCUCACCAAAAAGGUGGAAGAAGAUAGUGGAAAUGGAGUGUCCUGAAAGGGAGAAAUUCCCGCAAGAAUGGAAGAACAAAACUGCCUUGCAGAGGUUGUGCAUGAUUAGAGCCUUAAGACCAGAUAGAAUGACAUACGCCGUUGCAACAUACAUAGAAGAAAAAAUGGGAACGAAAUACGUUGAAAACAGGACCGUAGAGUUCAGCAAAUCAUUUGAAGAAACUAGUCCUAGCACACCUAUAUUCUUUAUCCUGUCUCCUGGAGUGAAUCCCCUAAAAGAUGUUGAAGCUUUGGGAAAAGCUAUGGGUUUUACUUCAGAUAAUGGAAACUUCCAUAAUGUAUCUUUGGGUCAAGGACAAGAAAUUGUAGCUGAACAAGCGAUGGAUGAAGCGUUUAAGAAAGGACACUGGGUAGUUUUACAGAAUAUUCAUCUAGUUAAGAAAUGGCUUCCGAACCUUGAGAAGAAAAUGGAGAGUUUUGCUCAUGGAUGUCACGAAAAUUUUAGACUCUUCAUGUCCGCUGAACCCGCUGCUACUCCCGCUGCGCACAUUAUCCCACAAGGCAUUUUAGAAUCUAGUAUAAAGAUAACAAACGAGCCUCCUACAGGCAUGCAGGCAAAUCUGCAUAAGGCUUUAGAUAAUUUUAACCAAGAAACUUUAGAAAUGUGCGGUAAAGAAGCUGAGUUCAAAGCGAUUCUUUUCGCUCUGUGUUAUUUCCACGCUGUUGUCGCCGAGAGGCGGAAAUUUGGUCCUCAAGGGUGGAAUAAAAUAUAUCCUUUCAACGUUGGUGAUUUAACAAUAAGUGUGUUUGUCUUGUACAAUUAUUUGGAAGCGAAUUCAAAAGUUCCUUGGGAGGAUCUGCGAUAUCUAUUUGGAGAAAUAAUGUAUGGAGGACAUAUAACCGACGACUGGGAUCGAAGACUUUGCAAUGCUUAUUUAGAGGAAUUAAUGCAACCAGAUUUAGUUGAUGGUGAGCUUCAAUUGGCACCAGGUUUCCCAGCUCCGCCAAACACGGAUUACGCAGGCUACCACCAGUAUAUAGAAGACGCGAUGCCCGCUGAAUCUCCUUAUCUUUAUGGUUUACAUCCGAAUGCUGAAAUCGGUUUCCUGACGACUACUUCGGAGAAUUUAUUUAGAACUAUAUUUGAAAUGCAACCGAGAGAUGCACAAGCUUCUGGAGCUACUACUGUUACGAGGGAAGAUAAGGUAAAACAAAUGCUUGACGAAAUAGUGGAGAAAUUGCCUGAAGAGUUCAACAUGGUUGAGAUAAUGGGAAAAGUGGAAGAAAGGACGCCGUAUGUAAUUGUAGCGUUCCAGGAAUGUGAGAGGAUGAAUCAUUUGACGGGAGAAAUGAAACGAUCUUUGAGGGAAUUGGAUUUGGGGCUUAAGGGAGAACUUACUAUAACAUCCGAUAUGGAAGAACUGGAAAAUGCACUGUUCUUAGAUCAGGUACCAAUAAUCUGGGCGAACCGAGCAUACCCGUCUCUGCUAGGUUUAUCUGCGUGGUUUGUUGACUUGCUGUUGCGGUUACGAGAGUUAGAAACGUGGGCUACAGAUUUCGUUCUACCAACAUCGGUGUGGCUGGGUGGUUUCUUCAACCCCCAAAGCCUACUAACGGCGAUCAUGCAAAGCACAGCACGUCGGUACGAGCUGCCGUUAGACAAAAUGUGCCUUCAAUGUGACGUCACCAAGAAGAUGAAAGAAGAUUUCACUAUUGCUGAUUCCCGGUCAGCACCUCGGGAUGGCGCGUACGUCCACGGUUUGCUUAUGGAAGGAGCUCGUUGGGACACUCAAGCCGGGAUUAUCAUGGACUCUCGUUUAAAAGACCUGUUCCCGCCUAUGCCUGUUAUUAACGUUCGGGCAAUAACGCAAGACAAGCAAGACCUUCGCAACAUGUACGAGUGUCCCGUGUACAAGACGCGAACACGCGGCCCAACUUACGUUUGGACUUUCAACUUGAAGACCAAAGACAAGCCAUCGAAAUGGACCCUUGCUGGUGUAGCUUUGUUAUUACAAAUAUAA